ACAAUGGCUGACAUUAAAUGUCAUAAUCGCUCGAGUUGCGCAAGGGUUGUUUUAGAUAUCAAUUAUAAUUCAACAAAAUGACGAUAUUAAACGUAAUGAGGCAUAGUUCUACUCUUAGAGUUUUCAAUGUCUUCAAAGAGCAAGUGCUCUUCAUGUCAUCAAAACCCCUGGUGGGUCAUAAAGCCCUUGAAAAAAUUAGAAACAUUGGUAUAUCAGCACAUAUCGAUUCUGGAAAAACUACAUUAACAGAACGUAUAUUAUUCUACACAGGGCGAAUUAGUGAAAUGCAUGAAGUUAAAGGAAAAGACAAUGUUGGUGCUACAAUGGAUUCUAUGGAGCUUGAACGGCAGAGAGGCAUCACAAUUCAGUCUGCAGCAACCUACACUAUUUGGAAAGAUCACAAUAUAAACAUUAUUGAUACACCAGGUCAUGUUGAUUUUACAGUAGAAGUGGAAAGAGCUUUGAGAGUCCUUGAUGGAGCUAUUUUAGUUUUAUGUGCUGUCGGAGGUGUACAAUCACAAACACUUACCGUUAACCGGCAAAUGAAACGAUAUAAUGUACCUUGUUUGGCAUUUAUUAAUAAACUUGAUCGUACUGGAGCUAAUCCUCUAAGAGUAUUAAAACAACUCAGGUCAAAGUUAAAUCAUCAUGCUGCAUUAAUUCAACUACCCAUUGGUACAGAAUCAGAAUGUAAGGGGAUCAUCGAUUUAGUUUCACAGGAGGCUAUUUACUUUGAAGGAAAUUUUGGGGAAAAUAUAAGAAUUGAUAAAAUCCCUAAUGAUUUGAGAGCAGAAGCUGAUGAAAAGCGACAAGAACUAAUAGAGCAUUUAUCAAAUGUUGAUGAACAAUUGGGUGAACUGUUUUUAGAAGAAAAAACUCCUACAAAGGAAGAUAUUAUGGGAGCCAUUAGAAGAUCAUGCUUAAAACGAACUUUUACUCCUGUUUUAAUGGGUACGGCACUGAAAAACAAAGGAGUCCAAACACUAUUGGAUGCUGUGUUGCAAUAUUUACCAAAUCCAGGAGAGGUUGAAAAUAUAGCAUUAAAAGAAAAAAACAAUCAAGAAUGUGAAACCGUUAUUAUGAAUCCAGCUCGUAAUGAUUUAAAUCCAUUUAUUUCUUUAGCAUUUAAAUUAGAGGCUGGACGGUUUGGACAGCUCACUUACAUGAGAUGCUAUCAAGGAAUGUUGAAAAAGGGUGAUAGCAUAUUCAAUGUUCGUACAGGUAAAAAAGUUCGAGUUGUGCGUUUAGUUAGAAUGCAUUCUAAUAAUAUGGAAGAUGUCAAUGAAGUGUUUGCUGGAGAUAUCUUUGCUUUGUUUGGUGUUGAUUGUGCCAGUGGAGAUACUUUUGUUACUGAUAUGAAACAUCAGCUAUCAAUGGAAUCUAUAUUUGUGCCUGACCCAGUUGUUUCAAUGUCUAUCAAACCAGCAAAUACAAAAGAUCGAGAUAAUUUUUCAAAAGCUAUAGCUAGAUUCACUAAAGAAGACCCCACAUUCCAGUUUUAUUAUGAUGCGGAUAAUAAAGAGACAAUUGUUUCUGGAAUGGGUGAGCUUCAUCUUGAAAUUUAUGCUCAAAGAAUGGAACGAGAAUAUGGAUGCCCAGUAUUAUUAGGUAAACCAAAAGUAGCUUUCAGAGAAACAUUAGUAGCUCCAUGUGAGUUUGAUUACUUGCACAAAAAACAGUCUGGGGGUGCUGGACAAUAUGCUCAUGUUACAGGACUCAUUGAACCAUUACCUUCACAUCAGAAUACUUCUACUGAAUUUGUGGAUAAAACAGUGGGAACUAACGUGCCGAAACAAUUUGUUCCUGGUGUAGAAAAGGGUUUCCGAAUAAUGACUGAAAAAGGUUUAUUAUCUGGGCACAGAAUUGCUGGUGUCAAAUUCAUAUUAAUAGACGGUGGUCAUCAUAUAGUUGACUCAAGCGAAUUAGCAUUCAAUUUAGCAGCUCAAGGAGCUGUUAAACAAG